UCAGUGGCUGCGAGUGUGUGUAUGUGAGUGUGUGUGAGUGUGUGUGUGUGUGUGUGUGCGUGUGUGUGUGUGUGUGUGUGCUUGCGCUACAGGCGCGGGGAGUGUCAUAACUCUGACCUCUGGCGGGAGCGGCGGUAUCCGGGCGGUCGCGUCACUCACAGAGCAGGCGGCGGGGAGAGUGGGACUGCUAAAGGCAGGGCAGCCGAGGCGCAGGGCAUGGAACCGGCAAACCCGGUCUGAGAACGCUACCGCUAGCGGGCUCCGAGCACACCGCAGCCACAGACGCGGCUCCCAUUCCGGAGCCAUCCAAACUUUUUCUUUCUCUUUUGCCCCUUCUACAAAGGCGAUUGACGGAGUGGGCGGACGGGUCGGCGGCCGAGCCGGAGGCAAGCUGGACGCAGCAUGAUGCGCAGAGUGUGGGAGGCGCUGGCAGCUCUGGCGGCCGUGGCGUGCCUGGUGGAAGCGGUGCGCGGGGGACCGGGGCUCAGCAUGUUCGCGGGUCAGGCGGCGCAGCCUGACCCCUGCUCGGACGAAAAUGGACAUCCCCGCCGCUGCAUCCCUGACUUCGUUAACUCGGCUUUCGGCAAGGAUGUGAAAGUGUCCAGCACCUGCGGACGACCCCCGGCCCGCUACUGCGUGGUGGUGGAGCGCGGAGAGGAGCGGCUGCGCUCUUGCCACCUCUGCAACGCCUCGGACCCCAAAAAAGCGCACCCGCCCACUUUCCUCACUGACCUCAACAACCCGCACAACCUGACCUGCUGGCAGUCCGAGAACUACCUGCAGUUCCCUCACAACGUGACGCUCACGCUCUCCCUGGGCAAGAAGUUUGAGGUUACCUACGUGAGCCUCCAGUUCUGUUCCCCGAGGCCCGAGUCCAUGGCAAUCUACAAAUCCAUGGAUUACGGGCGCACUUGGGUGCCUUUUCAGUUUUACUCGACUCAGUGCCGCAAGAUGUAUAACCGCCCCCAUCGGGCUCCCAUCACCAAGCAAAACGAGCAAGAGGCUGUAUGCACCGACUCGCACACAGACAUGCGCCCGCUGUCCGGCGGUCUGAUCGCCUUCAGCACGCUGGACGGGCGGCCCUCUGCGCACGAUUUCGAUAACUCUCCAGUUUUGCAGGACUGGGUCACGGCCACAGACAUCCGCGUGGCCUUCAAUCGGCUGCACACCUUUGGCGAUGAGAACGAGGAUGACUCAGAGUUGGCGCGGGACUCUUACUUCUACGCCGUUUCUGACCUGCAGGUGGGCGGCCGCUGCAAGUGCAACGGCCACGCGGCCCGCUGUGUGCGCGACCGCGACGACAGCUUGGUGUGCGACUGCAAGCACAACACGGCGGGACCGGAGUGCGACCGCUGCAAGCCAUUUCAUUACGACCGGCCCUGGCAGCGGGCCACGGCCCGGGAAGCCAACGAGUGCGUGGCCUGUAACUGCAACCUGCACGCCCGCCGCUGCCGCUUCAAUAUGGAGCUCUAUAAGCUGUCCGGGCGCAAGAGCGGGGGAGUCUGCCUCAACUGUCGCCACAACACUGCGGGCCGCCACUGCCACUACUGCAAGGAAGGCUACUACCGAGAUAUGAACAAGCCGAUCACUCACAGAAAGGCCUGCAAGGCAUGCGAUUGCCACCCCGUGGGUGCAGCUGGCAAGACCUGUAAUCAAACCACAGGUCAAUGUCCCUGCAAAGAUGGUGUGACUGGCAUCACGUGCAAUCGAUGUGCCAAAGGUUACCAGCAAAGCCGAUCGCCCAUUGCCCCCUGCAUAAAGAUUCCUGUGGCUCCACCUACCACUGCAGUCAGCAGCAUAGAAGAGCCAGAAGACUGUGAUUCCUACUGCAAGGCCUCCAAAGGGAAGCUGAAGAUUAACAUGAAAAAGUAUUGCAAGAAGGACUAUGCUGUCCAGAUCCACAUUUUGAAGGCUGAUAAGGCUGGGGACUGGUGGAAGUUCACAGUCAACAUCAUCUCCGUAUACAAACAGGGCACUAGCCGGAUCCGGAGGGGUGACCAGAGCUUGUGGAUCCGCUCGAGGGACGUGGCUUGUAAGUGCCCUAAAAUCAAAGCCUUGAAGAAAUACCUGUUGCUUGGAAAUGACGAGGACUCUCCUGAUCAGAAUGGCAUCGUGGCCGAUAAGACCAGCCUGGUGAUCCAGUGGAGGGACACAUGGGCACGGAGGCUCCGGAAGUUCCAGCAGCGGGAGAAGAAGGGGAAGUGUAAGAAGGCCUAGUGAGGAGCAGCCUGAGCUCCAGAGCCAAGAGGGCGUGAAAGAGAGAAUGCGUGCAAGAGAAUGAUUGAGCGAUGGAGUGUGCGGCCGCUUUGUGUAGACCCUGGAGCAGACAGAAUUGGAAUGGGGAUGGUGGUGGAUUUCACUUUGUCAUGGGGCUGGGGCUGGGGCUAGGGCUGGGGCUGGGGAGAAGCUGAGGGGGUGGGAAAGACGGGCUGGGAGCGCCCUCCUACUACUGGGACAGACGCCGCGGAACGCAAAGCAAGCGGCCAGGGGAAGUUGGGGCCUAGCUGAGGACCUCAAAUGGCAGCAACGCCUCCUAGCUAGCAUCCCCGUAGGUGAGGAGGAAGAAAGCCACAUAGACCCAUAAUUGUGGAAACCUGCAAAAGCUGCUGGUUCCAAAGCCCACACACACAGGAACAGGAUGUAUAUGCCUGCAGUCAAGCCCAGUGCUUCUGCUGCCACAGCCUGUCUACACCCCCUCCCUCAGCCCUAAAGGGCCUGAUAUUGGAUGAGAAUUCAAAGAGGACAGACCAUGCAGGAGAGAUAUGGGCAGGUGAUCUUUCCUUAAUGGGCCUCAGUUUUCACUUGGUAAAAUGAGGAUUCUAUUUACCUACCUCAUGGGGCUACUUAGAGAUCAAAAGUGCUUCCCUUCCAAAUACUGAGUAGUAUUAUCAGUGAGAAGUCACUGAGUGUGUGUUGCUCAUUUUCCAGACGUGGCCCAGGUGGGUAGCAUGUAAGGGUUCUGCCCGAGUCUUUACAAGAUUUGGGAAGAACACUUUCAUGUUACUCAAAUUCAAAUGUAUUAUUAAAAUCUUGGUGUUGGCAAUGAAGUGAACUGUGGUAUGAACCGAGUUAGGCUAGCUGUGAAUUCUCAGACUAACAACCUAGGUGGUUUAACCAAGGGUGGGCUGGGUUCCUGGAGAGCAACAAUGCAGGGUCUUAGCAUACCAGAGUCCUCCCUCUACCAACUCCAUUUCUCCUGACAUUCAGUUUCCAGAUCCCUCUGCCUCUCGGUGGCGGCUCUACAUUUGGCCCUGUCCUCUCCUUUUUAUUUGUGCCACCGUGGGCCACCCCAGGAUUCCAAGAUUGAGGAAGCGAGGUGGCCCUUAUCUCUCUCCCUGAUUGACCCACUUUGUCCCACUUGUCCCCAGUGGGAAUGGAAGGUUAAAUCAGUUGACAUGCAUUUAUUAAGCACCUACUAUAUAGCCAGGUAAAGUGUGUGGGUCUUGGAGCAAGCACGUGUCCCUAUUAAAGUAGCUCAGCUCACAGCUCACUGUGCCAGUGUUCUGGAAGGAUCUGGGCUAUCCAAGGUGCCCAGUCCCCAGGAGUCUUAGAAGAUCACUUCAGAGAGGCCCCGAGUUGGGUGGGCAGCCUAUGCUGGUUCCAUCUCAGACAGAGGAGGCCUGGACCAGGAGGAGUCAGAGUCAAAACCUCCCAGAUCGUUUCCUCUUUGGAAACUUGGAACCAGCCCCUUUUAUAACAUUUUCCAGGAGGGGAGGGGGAAGGGAGCCUUGCUGCCUAGUUUUAUAGCAGUGACAUUAUUUAUGUAAUGACAUCAGUUCCCAGAGUGCAGUGCAACUGGAAAGUGCCUGCAGAGGAAGUGGAAUGAAGGGUGGGGAGUUAGUGGGCCCCUGGCCCUGGGGGAGAUGCUUUGUGCUAAGCCAGAAUGGCCAGGGAGGCCUAUAGAGCCCCGCCUAGAGGUGAAGUCUAGGUUCUACAUGUCACUUCCCUCUCCAGUGAAGCUGCUGGGAAGGCUUAACUGAAAUGAUGCCUGGCUCCUCUAGGUCUGCCCUCAGGUUUUAUUUCCCUUUGGCAGGUGCAAAAACCUCAUGGGGGCUGCCAGGCUGGCCAAGAACCAAGAGAUCAAGGCCAAGGAAGCCUACUGAGGCAUCUCCUAUCUAACCUAUCUCAAAACCUCUGGGAACAGCCCUACAGCUGCCCAUGGACCCCUUCCAACGUAGUCUAGCCCCUGUGGGGCUGAGCACAGGGGCACCCCCGCAUCAGCUCAUGGGACUGGCUGCCACCUUCCCUUUGAACCAUUCAUCUGCCUUUAGAGUGGUCCCAUUUUCCUCUGAGAAAUCUGUUCCACAAAGACAACUGUCAUUGAUUGAAUCACAUUGUCCAGGCAAAACCUGAAUUCUUCCCAUUUUGGAGUCUCAUAUGGGGGGCCUUUUCCCCCCUAUUCUCUCAGGCACCUCCAAAUUUGAUCAUGAAUUCCUUCCCUCCAAAAUGUGUGCUCAGCCACUCACUCCCAGGUCAGAAAUUCUACAUAGAGAUCUGAUACAAGGCUGUCUAUUAUUCACUUCCCUCUAGUUCAGGCCCAGUUCUCCCAAGGUCAUUUCCCAAUUCACAGAAUUUCAGAGUUGGAAGGGACCUCAAUCCUCUUUAUAGCAUAUCUGACUAGAGGUCAUCCAGCCUUUGCAAUGAGGGGGAGCUCAUGACUUUUGAGGCGUCCUAUUUCCGGAUUAAUUGUUAGGAAGUUUUUCCUUCUAUCAACCCAUAUUUGCUUCUUUGCAGUUUCUACGCAUUAUGCCUAGUUCUGCUUUCUGGGGUCAUGCAGAACAAUUGUCUAAUCCCUCUUCCACAUGACAGACUUGCAAAUACUUGAAGACAGCUAUUAUAUUCCUUCCAAAACUUUUCUCUACACUAAACAUUCCCAUUGCUGUCAACUGAUCUUCAUGUGACAUGAUCUCAAGUUUCUUCACCAUCCCAGUUGCCCCUUUGUCGGACACCCUCCAAUUCAUGAAUGGUCUAAUUAAAGUGUGUCAGACAGAACUAAAUCCACUAGUCCAGAUGUGACCUGACCAAGGUAGUCCCAAGUCCUGGAUAUUGUGCCUCUCAGUGCAAUCCAAGACUUGCCUUCACUUUCUUGGCUUCCUUUUCACAUUGCAGAUGGACUCUUGUUGGUUUUACAAUUCAUUAAAAUUCCCUAAAUAAUUUUUUUUUCAGAUGAACUACUAUUGGCUAUGUUCUUAUAAUUGUGGAAUUGAUUUUUUGAGCCCAAAUGUAGGAUGUUACAUUUCCCCCCUUUUUCAGCUUUUUCAGCCCAGUGUUCUGUCACAUUGAGAUUUUUGUUUUUAGAUCCCAACUUCUGUCCUCCAGCAUUUGAGCUGCUUGGCAGUGUCAUGCCGCAACCUUGUCCUUUACCUAAGAAUAAUGCCAAGGAAUAUGUUGGAAUUUAGGGUGAUUGACUUUCCCUCCCUUUCCCAAUUUCUCACGGGACGGGGCUGUGUCUCCAUGACCACCCAGCUCCCAAAUCUGAACCCUCCUGCAGUGAGCUCCCCUGGUAGUAAAGUGAGUGACAUUAGCCAUUAGCUUGAAUGGCUGUGUACAGAUUCAAUUUAACCGGGUCCCCAUCCUGGGAGUCUUCUAAGAGGGUCUGAAUUGGAAAGGAUAACAGGACAAAUAUUUCCUAACAAUCGUCCCCACAGGGCUCAAGAAUCAAGCGUAUCCAAUCCCAUAUCCCUGUGAGAAGCUUCCUGGGGUCUGGAGCUCUGUGCCACAGCCAUCCAGGGAGGGAGAUUUCUUUCUACUCUCCCUGCCCUGACCAAACCGACUGAGGCAGAUUCUCCCCUCUGACCAGAUAAGCCGUUUGUUCCCUGCAGAGUCAGAAGGGCUGAGAUUUGGGGAAAGAAGGGAUGGGAAGGAUAUAGGAGGUAUGGGCAGGAUUCAGAAAUAAAUGAAGGAGCCUACUAGAGAAGAAUAAUUGAACAAAUAGGGUGAGGGACUUAAAUCCCUUUAUCCAAGAACGCCUCUGAAUCAGCAAAUAGAAGAAUGUGUGUUAAGACACACACACACACGCACACACGCACAGAUGCACACAUUCUUAUCCUCAUUGGGCAGCUUCUAAGCUCCUUCCAAACAUUUUCGUUUUCCCCCUCAGUAUGAAAAACUUACCUGCCCAAUGGGUCUCAACGUUUUUUUUGAGGUCCUUUGUCUGGAUGACAGUAGAAGCUGGGAGUUUGUUGUUGAACUCCCCACUGAAGAUUGUGAUAACAGGUGACCUGAGGCUAAAGACCAGGUUUCCAAACAGAAGUCGGAUGACUAUUUGUCAACUUUGUUGUGGAGGAUUCUGGCCCUGGAUGGGAGGUAGGACUAGAUGACCUUCUCAUUGGAGGUGUCAAGUUCACUCCUCAGGGCUUGAAGACAGAUCGCAGGCCUUGUAGUACCAGGAAAGCAAAGAUCACAGGCCUGAGGAGUCAGCCCUUAAGAGCUAGACUAACCCAUUCCCUUGAAGACUGUGGAACUCAGUAACUACUGUGUGAAGCAGAUACUGACCUAUAAAUAGGGCUCAGAUAAGCUUCUCCCAGGAACUUAUUGCAGGAAGAAAAAACAUAAUCUUGUCGAUUCCCUUCGGGAACCAGCCCAGAUCCUCCCACACUCCUGCUCCUCUAGUCCUCUGUUUUCUCAAACUGACUUGUGAGGCUAAAACCAACUGUUUGCUGCAUCUAAGCUGCCCCUUCUUUGAGUCACAGCCUCCUAAGUAUCCAGGAAGGCAUGAAACUCUCAGGCCUCCUACGCUUAGAUAUUUUUGCCCAGAACCAGUGACCAGCAUGCUAUUGUGGCUCUCACUAGUCAUGGUUAAAGUCACUUUGCCUCUCUGGGACUCAGUUUACUCAACUGUAAAAUGAGGGGGCUGGACCAUCUAGUUCUGAUAUUCUAUAAUUGCACUCAGAAAUCCUGACCAGCCCCACUCAGCAUCCUCAUGACCUUCCCCUGGUGUCUCCUGGGCCUGGUUACCUUGUUCUCUUCCUUUUUUUUUUUUUUUUUUAGCUUAAUACCCAGGGAGUGUGGUUUGAGUACUCCAGAGACCCAGAGCUUGCAGGUCACCUUCCCUGCAAGGUUCAGUCCUGUUGCUACCCAUUUCUGCAUCUGUAGACAUGUUGGGAGAUUUGACAGGCUCAGCUAUGUUUUGCUGGCCACUGCUACAAUCCUUGUAAUUUGAUUUUCAGAGUGAAUGUGUUCUCUUAACCCCACCUUUCCUGAAUGUAAAUGAAUCAGACCACAAGAUCCCUCUGCUUCCAGCUACUAGAGCAGAAGAAAAACCAGGCAGAUAGUGAUGAGCCCACCUGCCCUUAGGACAGCCCCAGUCAUUAGGCUUCUGGGAAAGAGAAGGAAUAAAAAUUGAAGAGCUCCUGUUUGUAUAGUUAGGGUGAUAUGUAAAACUGAACUAGAUUUUGGAGAGCUUAUUAACCAGAAAUGUUAUGAUAGGCAUUUAAAGAAAAACUCAUGAGAUUAGUCUUAAAAGAAAAAUCCCCAGUUAUACCUUUUCUUACCCAGUGGGACCCGCUCAGUGGGUGGUCUGGCCCCUUUGGCCAACUAAUGAGCCCCUGCAUUAGUUACAAGUAGUAACACUAGGAAUUAGGAGGGGGUUGCUUUGGAAAGGGGGUGUCUGGCAAGGUGGACACCAGGGACUUUUCUCAGCCUUGCCCCAAUCUGGGUUAAAGAAAAAGGCCUUCUAAAAUGACCAUCCACUUAACUACCAGAUGUUUGGUGGAAGAUGAAGACAGUACCUGGGAAAAAGGCAGAGCAUCAUUUUCUCUACUGAGCAGGGUACAAUGAGGGGCAAUUAAGUUUCCCUGGUACUAGGCUAAGAAAGCCUUCAGAACUGGUUGGAAUGGAAGGGAAGGGUGGCUUGUCAAAGUCAGAAUAAAGAGGAGGAGACUGGGAGCCAGCCCAGUGUUGUCAUUGGCUUCAAUUUCAACCUGUAUAAAAGAGGGUCAGACUUUUCCCCAGAUGUGGCACAUCAGUUAGAAUGACUAAUGAUAACCCAGAAGAGACUUUGACUUCAUGGGUGAAACAAGUGUUAGAAAAUUGUGUCUCUAGAAAGCUGCAACACAUGGUGAGGCAUGGAAGUAGUAUAAGUAAAAUGAAGGCCUUUAGUUCCUCAGUGAGGAGGCCAAACACACAGGAAUCUAUUCAGAGGGCUAAGGUACCUAUGUAUUCCUGCAAGCAACAGAUGUGCACAAACCACAGGAGAAUUUCAAUGUUUAGUGGGGUUCCUCUGUGCCCUUCCUCCCCGCAAAAAACCCAGCUCCUUUUGUGACUGAAGUUCUCCCCUGCCCCAUGCUCCUGAUGUGCUACUUACCCCAUGUUCCUUCCACUUGGAUCCCUUUCUGUGUUUGAUUUCUGUUUGGAAUUGUAAAUGUAUGGCUGUGACCAUAGCAUACUGUUUGGGUCAAUGUUCCUUUCCAAUGCAUACUAAUAUAUUAUGGUUAUUAUAUAUGAAUAUAUUUAAUGACAUGGGAAAAGUUGUGGAUUUUCUUAUUUUUUUUUUAAGUUUUUCUUUUGUUGUUGUUGUUGUUAGAGCUGCAAUGAAACCAGAUGGAGCUUGUAAUGUGGGCCCCCACUUGGUAGAACUACAUUCAGAGAGCAGUUGAAUAAACUCUUAUACACUGUCCUGUCCGUGGAUCUUUAUUGGCAACCUGAUUCAAGCUCAUUUGUCUGGGGGUGGGCAUAGGGAAGGGAGAGUGCCAGGGAUGGGCAGUGUUACAAACUACUGCACACUUAUGGGACACUGGCCUCUAACUCCAAAGUACACAGACACUAUUUUCCCCAC